AAAGGCUGUAUCCUGCGGGUCCCCGGCUCUUGAAGAGGGCUAUGGCCAUUGUUUCGCUCCUGCUCUUUCCCCUCUUCCUCUCGGUCUGAUCAAUUUAACCACCACCACCGCACAGCUUUAAGACAUCUACAUAUAUUUUUAAAAGGACAGCAAGAUGGCUGAGAUGGGCAAGGGAGUCACCGCAGGGAAAAUCGCCAGCAACAUGCAGAAGAAGCUCACCCGGGCCCAGGAGAAGGUCCUUCAGAAACUUGGCAAAGCUGAUGAAACAAAAGACGAGCAAUUUGAACAAUGUGUGCAUAACUUCAACAAGCAACUGACAGAGGGAAGCAAGCUGCAGAAGGAUCUCCGGACAUACCUGGCUUCAGUAAAAGCAAUGCACGAAGCCUCCAAGAAACUGACAGAGUGUUUGCAAGAAGUGUAUGAACCAGAGUGGCCGGGAAGAGAUGAUACUAACAAAAUAUCAGAGAACAGUGACCUGCUGUGGACAGACUUUCAUCAGAAGCUGGUGGAUCAGGCACUGCUAACUAUGGACACCUACCUCGGCCAGUUCCCAGACAUAAAAUCUCGCAUUGCUAAGCGGGGAAGGAAACUUGUAGAUUACGACAGUGCCAGGCACCAUUAUGAAUCUCUACAGACUGCAAAGAAAAAAGAUGAAGCUAAAAUUGCUAAGCCUGUCUCGUUGCUUGAGAAAGCUGCGCCUCAGUGGUGCCAAGGGAAGCUGCAAGCACAUCUCGUAGCUCAGACUAAUCUGCUGCGGAACCAGGCUGAAGAAGAAUUAGUAAAAGCCCAGAAAGUGUUUGAGGAGAUGAACAUCGAUCUUCAGGAAGAACUGCCUUCACUAUGGAAUAGUCGUGUUGGUUUCUACGUCAACACAUUCCAGAGUAUCGCAGGUUUAGAAGAGAACUUCCAUAAGGAAAUGAGCAAGCUGAACCAAAACUUGAAUGAUGUCCUUGUGAAUCUAGACAAAGCACAGGCAACAAGCACCUAUCCUGUUAAAGCUCAGCCAAGAAAGAAAACUAAACUGUUCUCCAGGCUGAGGAAAAAGAUGAGCAGUGACAGUACCCCAGCAAAACCAAACAAAACCCCCUCAUCUCCACCUGAUGGGACUCCCAUCACCAGCCCUGAGACCAAGGCUAUCAACCAUGAGCCAGAGCCAUCCACUUUGGAAACACCUGGGGGAGGCAUCCCUAAGUCUCCAUCUCAGUUGCGGAAAGGCCCUCCCGUGCCGCCACCUCCAAAACUCACUCCGUCCAAGGAGAUGAAGCAGGAGAACAUCAUCAACCUGUUUGAUGACAAUUUUGUCCCAGAGAUCAGUGUGACAACCCCCUCACAGCCGGAAAAGACUCCAUCUAGCAGCGUUCAAUCUAUGGAUCAGUUUCCGGCCGAUAAUCCUAGCAAUAGUGCGUUCGAGGUGGACUGGCCUGACCAGCCCACUGAGACUAAGAUCAGCCAACCGGAAAAGACUCCAUCUAGCAGCGUUCAAUCUAUGGAUCAGUUUCCGGCCGAUAAUCCUAGCAAUAGUGCGUUCGAGGUGGACUGGCCUGACCAGCCCACUGAGACUAAGAUCAGCCAACCCACAGAAGCCGCUCCUGCUGGUGCUGAGGCAGCUGGCAAAGAAGCAGCAGCAGCUGGAGCUGAAGCAGCUAAAACCGAAACUGACUCAGGAUCUGCCUCAAGCUCUCUGCCUGCUGUAGUUGUGGAGACCUUCCCAGCCACAGUCAAUGGAACAGUUGAAAGUGGAGCUGCUUCCGAAAGGGCUGACAUGCCACCAGGUUUCCUCUUUAAGGCACAAGCCAUGCAUGACUAUGCAGCCACGGACAGUGAUGAGCUACAACUGAAGGCUGGAGAUGUUGUCCUGGUGAUUCCAUUUGACAACCCAGAGGAGCAGGUAAGGAGAGAUGAAGGAUGGCUGAUGGGUGUGAAAGAAUCCGAUUGGCUUCAGCACAAAGAACUUGACCAAUGCCGAGGAGUUUUCCCAGAGAAUUUCACUGAGCGGGUGCAGUGAGGUCCUGAGGCUUUCUAGGUGGCUUCUCUGCAUUGAGAAAGCAGAGGUGUUUCCUCUCCCCCUCUUGCCCUGGGGAAAGUCUAAAAGUAAUAGAGAGAUUUUAAAGGAAGAGAAGCCUAAAGGUUGGAUUCUUCACAGAAAACAAGCUUUUAGAAGUACAUUGAAUUCAAAGUGUUGUUAUCAAAUAUAUAGGUAAUAAAGAAAGACAGGUUGAAAAACAACAACAACUUUUCCCCCCUUUUAAUUUGAACAGUGUUGGUGUUCAGGAGGUUUGCCACCAAAGUGGCUGCGUCAUUUUGCGUGCGUUGGACUUAGGGUAACUCCAGCAUCAUAAGCCUCAAAAUACUAACUGCCCCAUUACUCUGAAAUGACAUAUUCUUAAGUUUACCUUGUGGGAAGGUGCAGUCAACCUGUCUUGUGUCUGAGGCUGCUUAUAUGGCGUCCCCUAGAUUUCAGACCCUGCACAUUAUUCACACCUGCUGCCAUAAAUAAGCCCAAUGCCUGUCAUGCUGUUGAAAAGAAAUAUUUAGUGUACAGUGUUCACAAAUUAUGAUUAUAUAUGUGUGUUUGCGUGCGUGCGCGUGUUUGUUCAUGCUGGGGGGGGAUGCAACAAGAACUGUGAUUUUCUACAUUUAAUGCAAACAAAAUUACCUGCAGAUGCACAUCAGAAUCAAAAAGGAGGAAGUGGCGCCUGAUCCAAAGCUCCUUCAAAUACGUGUUUUGAUACAGUAUAUUGGCACUUCCUUUUCUUUGUCCUUUAAAAAAGAUACUGUAAAAGUGUAAACAUGACUUCAUUUGAUUAUUAUUAUUAUUAUUAUUA